CUUGGGUCCAACCUUCAUGGACAAAAUGAGGUCUCUGCAGGAGCAUGAAGGUCAACAGAGAGAUAGAGUCUUUGACUCUGCAGGGACCGCUCUGUGCCGUAACGCGUCAGCAUCGGUGUUGCUGGCCUUAUUUGAUUGAUGUGCGACACGAAUAUAGGGAACGUCGGUGGCCGUCAGGAGGCACACGAACUUCAAGGGAUAUUGUGAGGCAUGUCGCUGUCUACAAUGUACAUUGGCACUGCAUGCAGAGGACUGACAUGAGUCUGCACGCAGCAGGGUAGAGUUGUGAGUACUAGUUAUAUGCAUUCGCGUUUUAUUCAUUGCAGCCGCGGAUCUUUGUUUGAUGGCCUGAAAGAAGUCAAGAUUGGCAGGCGUGCGAUGACAGAAAGGCAGAGUGCGGAGAUCUCGGGGUGCUAGCUGAAGAACAAUACCGCUGCGGGUGGGUAUGUCGGCAAAUGGGGCACUGACAGAGGCAGAACGAAAACAAUUGGCUUGCAAUAGCUUGGAUUAGGGUGCAAUGAGUAGACCAAUGGCAGCGCGAGCCGAGGCGUAGUGGAGCGGCUAUGUGAUUGGUCGAUCGUGUUCAUUGUCGCCGGAAAAGGAAAACGGAUGCUAGGCAACGCUCGACGUUUUUGUCCCAGCAUGUCAGGUGAAAAACAAAUUUCGAACUCAGGCAGCAAAAAUGACUCUCUGGCUCAGCUCCGGCUGUCUUGUCUUCUUUCCUUUCCACCGCCACCAUCCCCGUCCUCCCCUCUCUCUCUUUUCCUCGCUUCAAAUUACAUAUAUAAGUCUUUUGUAAAGACUACAGUCGUUCCUUCACCCUCUUCCCUUCGCCUUAUCGUAUCCUCUGGUAGAGAUGUUCUUCGCCACUUCUCUUUCUGCAGGCCUCCUGCUCGCCUCAUCUGCCUUUGCUGCCAUGCAUGAUGUUCAAGUCGGAAACUCCAACGGGGACACCGUCUUCACUCCCGAAGCAAUUUUUGCGGACGUUGGAGACCAAGUUAUUUUCCACUUCCAGCAGAAAAACCACUCCGUGACUCAGUCAUCGUUCCCUGCACCAUGCGGUCCCGUGGAUGGUGGCUUCAGCUCAGGAUUCCACCCUGUUCCUGCGAAUCAAACUGACAACUUUGACACCUACACCAUCGUGGUCAACGACACCAAGCCUAUCUGGGUACACUGCGAGCAAGCGGCAAACACACCUCUCAGUCACUGUGGCAAGGGAAUGGUCUUCGCCGUCAACUGUGGUCCCGACGGUGCCCAGAACUCCUUCACGAACUUUAAGAACUCCGCUCUUGCUAUUGGAGCACAAUUGCAGUCCGCUGCUUCGUCUGCUUCAUCUGCCGCUCCCACUGCUACUGAUGCUCCCAUUGUAACUGGCUCCAUCACCAUCCCACCUGCACCCACUCAAUCGGUCGUUACCGUCACUGUCACUGUCGAGGCAUCUACAUGGACCACCACUUACUCAUCGUAUCCUGGCUCACCUGCCGCGACCCCAGCGUCUCUUGCUGGCACAGAUCACAAGGUCACUGUAGGCAGCAGCAACGGUACGCUCACCUACGACCCGCCUUCCGUCCAGGCUGCUCCCCGUGACACUGUUACCUUCGAGUUCCACCAGAAGAACCACACUGUUACUCAGUCAACCUUCGAUCAGCCCUGCAACAAGAAAGCUGACGGUUUCGACUCUGGAUUCAUGUUCGUUGACGCGAACGUCACCGAGUUCCCGACCUUCACCGUCACCGUCAACGACACCGCUCCCAUCUGGGCCUACUGUCGUCAACACCUUCCCGACGGUUCUUCUCACUGUGGUCUUGGCAUGGUCUUCGCCAUUAACCCCGUGGAGAGCUCUCCUCGCAACUUCACUGCAUUCAAGACUCUCGCUCAAGCUCUUAAUGGUACCAACUCUACUGGUGCUACUUCCACAGGCGGCAACUCUAGCACUGGAGGUGACGCCGGCAAUGGUGAUAACAGCGCCGCUAGCAGCGUCGCUACCAACGUUGCACUUGGAUUGGGUUCGAUAUUCGCUGUCGUCGCUGCUCUGCUUUGAGUCUAAACGACAGCAUUGUUCCUUUUUCCUUGGUGGUUUUUCAUGAUGCGGAGCUUUAGAUGGGUUGCGCGCAUACUGUAUGUCUCGCUUUCUUUGGUGUGGAUGGGGUACACCAAGAUAAAUCCCGUCGUGCUUUUCUCAUGGUUCAUGGUUCUGCUUCUUUUACGAACUUCAUGCUGGCCCUUGCUUUUUUCUUUGGCUACUGUCUUGAUGACAUGACAUUUUCCUUUUGCUCUUCAUUAGAUCUUUUUUGGACUUUACGAAGCUGCGCUCGUGUUGUAGUGUGUGCGUGUAUUCCACCCCCCCUCAUACUUACAGUCCUUUCUUGCGGACCUUGUACCGUACCUUACUAGUUAAACAACCAAUUAUUGAGGGAGAGAUAAAACCCACGUAUCACCCUGCGUGCCGUGUUACUAUCAGUCCUUUGCCCUCUGCCCAACCUGUCUGUUGUAGUCAACGUUCUGUGGGUAAUUGUCAUGGAUGUUUGGCAGAUUGUUGCUCGUAGCAGCAUUGUUCGACAUUCAACGUGACAGGCUAGCGCUGUCUUGACGUCUCCAUGCGCUUUGAGACCGCGUUGUUAGGUUGCUUAUUGGUGGAUUCAGGGUUCUCGUUAUUCUCGUUCACACGCUUCGCACAGUACGCCGUACAAAAAGCUUUGGAAGAACAACGGAGGUGAACUGAGGGUUGUGAAAUUUCUCUCAUUGUUA